AUGGAAGAUGAUGGGGCUUUAUUGCCGGCUUUAGGUAGAAGACUACGUGGAGGCACGAUAAAAAAGGGUAUCGACACGUCGGAUGGGAAUAAAGGCGCGCAGAUUAGGAUUCAACGCGUUUUGGAUGAGGAGGGAAUCUGGCCGUACACGUGUGGAGAGAGUUUCGGGUGCCUGGGGGUCAGAAACCGUGUGGGGUCAUGA